AUGCACAAAACCUCGACUACCCCUACGAAAACUAGUAACGACGUUCUAAAAAACCUCCAGUCCUAUGCCGGCCACUCAAGAUUCGCCCGCAUGACGCCCAAGGCCCAAGUACUCGGCGAAGCGCUGGACGCUCCGCCUCUCAAACUCGGCUCCAAAAAUGGUUACCGAUUCCCACCCAACUGCAAUCUCACCAAUUCGGUGUUAGACUCACCUUCUAAACCCUCAAAGACGCUUUCAACCCAUGCUAAAGAGACGAUGUUCGCUUCGAUUUUGGAACACUCUCCGGAGUUGACGUCUGACGACGAUACCUUAAGCGACGACAGUAACAUGAGCUCUUGCAGCAUGAUCAGUCCUGCUGGUGUCAGUCCCAUUGAGGAUCUUUCGGUAAGCCCCCCUCCCAUAAAAGACUUCCUUUUGUCAUCUGCACUCUUGCAUUCCAGCUUACUCAACGAUGGCACUCUGCAUGAGGAACCAAAUUCGCAGUUACACUCCAAGAAGCCCGACGUACUUCCUUUAUUCAGCGCUGGUGCUAAAAAGCCGCUACCACAGGCUACGAAUUUCAAACCUUUGCCACGCAAGAACGAUCGCAAGAACGAUCGCCAAAGAUUGGAGAGUCUAAAAUCAAUCUUGAAGAGACCUUCGAGCCCAGAUUCCCUCAAUUAUUUGGUAACUGCCACUAAUGGGUCCCUUGUUAAUGCCACCAUUUUCGCGACUGAGAUAAACGCAUGCACUGACAAGGUACCGCUUCCUGCUAAUAAAUGGGAAAGGGUCACCAUUCCUGUCAAUAUCGACAUAAGAGAUCAACUUGUCCAAGGCCGCGUCAAAUUGAUGGGUCACGGUUAUGAAGAUUGCGUAGAUUUAGACGAACUUGAGGAAUUCCCAAAGGUCAAAGAUGCUGCUAUAAUACGGGGCUACGAGUACAACAUUGAAAACCCUGGAAACAAUAGAACCGGCAUCAAAUUGGAGACAGAAAGAAAGCUAAGGUGGGAUAAAACAUCUUAA